AUGAAAACAACAUCGGUUGAAGCUCAAAAACAACGAGCUAGUAGAAAUGUUCGAGCUGAAUGUAAUGCAGACACAUUAUUAUUUGCUAUUCUUAUGGGUGCUGAAGUUCAAUUUAAUAAAACUAAAAUGAGUUCAUUUGCAAAAAAAGUCUAUAUUGGGGAUAAAAUUAGUAUUGACAAUGAAGUUAAAACAGGAUCUACAGUAUUGAGGGAUGGUGUUUUAUUUGAGUGUGCUAUGAGAAAGCUAUGGGGAGAGAAAAGAAUUCGAUCUACAAAUGAACUUAACAUUAAUUCCGAAGUAAUUUCUUCUUUAACACAGUUAGAAGAAAUUCAAACAUUAUGUUAUGAGAAAUUACCAAUAUUAGAAUCUGAUGCACAAACUAAUCCUAAUCUUAUUCUUUGGGGAAAUAAUGAAAAUGAAUUAAUAGAAAAAGAAAAUGCUAAUUGUUUAAGAAAAAGAAAAACCAAAAAUAAAGAAGCAGUUUUUAGUAAUUAUUUAAGUUCCUUUUUAAUUCAAAAAGGAAUGACUUUAACAUGUCAGGUUAUGGCUAGAAAAAUGACUAUGAGAACACUUCAUUUCUUUGUAUGGAAAAAAUAUAUUCUUCCUAAUGGUAAAAUAGUUACUUCUGAAAUGCUUAAACCAAUUACAUCUAAAUUAAGAAAUGCAAUUAAUGGUAAUCAUCAAGUAAAACAUACUACUAUUAUAAAUCGAAAUACUUUAAAUGAAGUUGGAGUUACUGAUGAACUUCUAAAUUUAUGUGGACUAAAUUAUUUUACUGAUCUUUCAAUGAUUUAUCAAUCUUCAUCUCCAAGCAAUGACUUGUCAGCAUUUACUCCAUGUUCUACUCAAUUUUAUACUAUUAUUUCUGAUUGUUCUGAAAGUACUUCUUUAUGUCAUUCGAUGUUCUAA